CUGUAGGUGAGUUAGCUGACGACGACAAUGACGAUGAGAACGAGUGUGGUCCUCCUGACGUGUCUCAUGGUUGAUGUUACUUCCUACACGUCACACGGUGUGGGAGGGUUGUUGUCAGUCGAUGGUGGUGGUGUGGGCGCCGUGCUGGAGGCGGUGUCUCAGCCCACCUGCUCCCUCAUCCUCCUCACAGAUGGCACCACCUCACCCUCCACCAUCCUCAAGGAGGAGAGUGUAGUACGAGGGAGCCCCUGGGGUGUGGGGGUGUUCGAGGUGGUGGUGGACGGCCAGGACGCUAACGAGACCCUGGUGCUGCUCUCCCACCUGCUCCACCAAGCUCGACAGGUGCGGAUGGCUUCGUGGUGUGUGCGGGUGGUGGUGGUGAGUCACGACCCGGUCUUCCUCGCCACCUUCGCCGAGUGGUCCCUCAAGGGCCGCCUCCUGGUGUGGGCCACCAAGCUGCUGGUGGUCACCAGCCUCCCACUCCCUCAGCUUCACGCCCUCCUGUCCUCCCACUGGACCUUCUCCAUGAUGAACACCAUCUUGCUCAACCUGGAGGACACACCACCCAACCUCAGGUGUGGUGUGUACACUCACCUGCCGUACAAUCCCUUGGAAAACCGGGUGCUUAGAGUUGCCACUUGGACGCCUCGGGGCGGCCUCUUCCUCUUCUCCAACAUUCCUCUGUUUCCUGAGAAGUUUUCCAACUUCCACGGAGCCAGGGUGAACGCAACAGCCCUGCCGUUCCUACCAUUCUGGGAUGAAACUGAGGGCGUGGCUCCUGACGGUUCCCGGACGAAGAAGUAUCGAGGGUCAGACUACCACCUGCUGGACACUGUGGCCGACGCCCUUAACUUUACUGUACACAUCCUUCCCAGCAUCUCCUGGGCUCAGGUGGUGAGCCAGGUGGUGGAGCGAGUGUCGUUGGUGGCCCCUGUGUAUCACAUACUGCUGCCUCAGCGACAACAGCAGUAUGACUUCACCUUCACCUAUGAGUACGCCUUCUUCUCUUUCGCUAUGGCCAAGCCGUCACUGCAGCCUCAAUGGCAGAAACUCUACUACCCGCUGACCGGGGAGGUGUGGGCGACGGUUUUGGCUAUGUUGCUCCUCGUCCCGCCUAUAAUGUUCAUUCUCAGUUGUGUGAUGGUACAGGAGAGUCGAAGAAAUGCCAGAGGUGUGGGCAUGAUGGUGCAGGACGUGGCAGGGAUGUUAGUGGGCCAGAAUCUUCCACGACGACUGCCCAGGACCGGCUCAAGCCGUGUACUUGUAGCAACCUGGCUGGUGUUUUCUCUUGUCAUCGGGACUGCCUACCGUGGCAACCUCACCGCCUUCCUGACGCUGCCCAAGUACCCACCCCGAGCUGAGACACUUGAACAACUCGUCGCUUUUGCUGACAGGGUAACAAUGCCGAAGUACGGAGAAGAGUUCCGCAAGUUCUUCAAGCAGUCCAACUCCCCGGUGUUCAAGACUUUGGCUGAGAUCAUGACCAUCGGCCCCACAGUGAAGGAAGGACUACACCAGGCAUUGAACAAUAAGCAGGCACACAUGGGCGGUAAAAGAUCCCUGCAGCAGAAGAUUGCUGAACAGUUCACGCUCCAGGACGGCAGUUCGUCUCUCUAUCUGGGACAAGAGUCUGUUUUCCCGGGCCCCUCUGGCUGGCCCAUUCCCCACGAUGCCCCAUACAAGACUCAGCUUGACCGCUGCAUCAUGGCCGCUGUCGAAGCUGGAUUAUACGAGAAAUGGAGCGACGAUAUGAUCAUCCACACCCGCCGUGAGAGCCAGAGGCAGCAGCGGGAACUCCUGGCAGAGAGGAAGUUAGAGGAAGAAAGGGCAGACUCGGCCAGGGACAGGUCCCUCACCAUCAUACAUCUACAGGGGCCCUUCAUUCUACUCUUUCUGGGCCUCGGCCUGGCUGGACUCUCCUUCGUCGUGGAACUCAUCAUCAUAUCGUUCCUACCACAGUAAUCGAUAAUCUUUAAUUUAGAUGUUAACGUUACAGCCUCUCCGCUAAGAAAAAUAGAUCUUGAAUAGGAACAAACACGAGACGGUUGAUAAGCAAAAGAAGCCGGAUAUAAUCAUAUGAACAAUACGUAUCAUUAUUUACAUUUACUGUACCUGCCGUAUAUGGCUCUGACCGCACUGUUGUAACGUAAUAAAUUGGCUCCUGACGGACGAUCUUCUCUAUACGUAUAUUUAACUUACAUACAUUGUCCAUGAAAAAGAGAAUUGUUCUUAAAGUACUGUGAAUGAUUUUUGUUGGUGUUACAGUGUUGAUUUUCUGAGUUCUGGUGAUGUACGUAGACAGGACACAGCAGAGAUCGUUUGUUUAGUACUGUACACUGGACUAAUCCUUCACUAAACUAUUUGAUGAUUUUUUUAAGUUUAAACGCGUCUAAUAGUUUUCUUCAAAAAAAUAUUAAUUUUCUGAAAGAUCCCACAGUAACAUGUCUCUUUCUCCUGUGAUUAUUGUACACACACACACACAC